AUGUCUGAGCACGACGACUUCGAUUCCCCUUUGACAAACAACUUUGUAGACGCAGCUGCCGAGAUUUCGACAACAAGCGACAGUCAGCUACAAGACAGUAAAGAAGACAAGAAGCAGAAUGGCAUCUUUCAAGAUCUCGGGUUUUACGUGGCUCAGGAUGACGCUCGUCAAGAGCUGGAGCAUCUGAUUGAAACACACGGCGGAUCAGUGCUUAAAGAGCUUCCCUCGGGCAAUUCCAGCAAAGAGUACGUUGUUUCGCCUUCAAAUACAGCAGACUUGUCCACAGUACACCCCGACUACAUCCGGAACUGCUGUGCAAACAAUGUGCUCAUGAGACUCAGUGGCUACCUCGUUCCCUUUUCUGACUUCCACGCAGAUACGCAAGGCGGAGACAGCGGGGACGACAGGAUCGACCCUAGAGUCGGGAACAAUAGUGGUGCCUCAGUAAAUUCAACAAAGGAGACGGAGCAAACUAAUUUUGGGAACACUGGCCGCGAGCAAGGCACCAGCACUUCACCUGCGAGCUCGUCGCGCGCAGUUGGAGCAUCAUCAACAGAACAGCCAUCUGAGCAGAAGGAGCGCCCUGAAGGCAACCGCCAGGUUACAAACUCACUUAGCCCAGAUCCUGCGGCUUCAGUUAUGGUAAGUGAACAGUCCACGGCACAGUCAGCGGCAGAAAUUGCCGCUGAAAAAUCGAAAACAGUACCGAAAAACGAGCCUGGAAAGGAACGUUACGUUCCAGCACACAACAAAGCCAAUUUCACUGCCGAGGAAGACAACUUCAUUUUAGAUGUUGUUCGUAAAAAUCCUUCAAGAAGGACUACCCACACUCUGUUCGACGAAAUUUCACGCUUCGUCCCCGCUCACACAGGGAAUUCGAUAAGACAUCGUUACCGCGUGUAUCUUGCCAAAAGACUCGAUUACGUUUACGAAGUUGACAGCCAAGGUAGGCUGGUUCGAGACGAAAAUGGCGCUCUUAUAAAGACAACAGUGUUACCAAAAGCUCUCAAAAAGAAAUUCGUUGCAGAAGAGGACUACGACCUGGCAAUCAGCAUCAAACGUCAAUUUUACCAAGACGUGUAUCAAAUUGAUCCAGAUACUCGCAAAUCCUUGAUCAGCGAAGACGACGCUCCAAACGAAGCCGCCAAAAGAGCGUUGACAAUGGAUGCAAAUGUCGAGCCUGGAGCAGAACCAAGUUUGGGAGACUUUAGAGUCGGCGAAAGAAGAGGACCUGUCCCACGAGAGUUUUUCAAAAUUUUUGCACAAAAUCAUCCUACUCAUACGGAAAAUGCUUGGAGAGAUCGAUUCAGGAAGUUUCUUCUGUCAUACGGAAUCGACAAAUACAUCGACUACUACGAACAUGAGCUAGCCCAAGAUCGCACCCCUGAAGCCAUGAAGAAUUUCACAAAUAGGCUCAAGAGAUCGGGCGCACCCACACCAGGCAACUAUAGUGGACUUCCCAAGAAACCUAAAACCUCUAAGGACGAAAACUUGCCACAAUACCUCACAUCACGCGCUCAACAGGCUGCUGCUUUAGUAGCGGCGAGUGGGAGGGGUGUUGAUCUCAACUCGAGUGCACUAGGAAUGGGAGACAUGGAUCUUCUGGACGAGGAGACUUUGAAUUUCAUCUCUGGUUUAAGACGGGAUUUGUCUAAAAUAGAAUCUGCGGGAGGAACUGCUUUUGAGUAUCCCCAAGAAAUAGCAGAAUCUAUUCGAAACGAUUUUGCAAACGAGGAAACGCAGUUUGACAACAUAGAUCCAGAUACAGUCUCAUUUCCUCCACCAAUUGCAUCUAGCGAUCUAUUCAUGCCUCAAUUCUUUGCUUUCAAGUCUACUAGAGAAUUUUUGGAUAAGAUCAAUGACAUAAUCUCGCGGGAUUAUGAAGCUUCCCAGGCUGAGAAGCUCGUUCAAGAUUUGUGUGAAGAAGCAGGGGUACGGAAAACAUUCAGCACUGGUAUACUAACUGCACUUUCUGGGGAUCUUAUGGUAUUUCCUCGAUAUUUCCUGUGCAUGUUUAGCAUGAACGCCAAUCCACCUUUGACUGUUCCCGGGAUUUGGACUCGAGAUGAUGAUGAGAUGCUGAAACAAGGAGAUGAUAAUAGCCUAAAAGCUUUGACCGAAAAGCAUGGCAUAGGUAGAAUUGAGAUGCGCCGGAGGUUCAUCGCCAGCGACCUUGUCUAA